AUGGCGGAGGUGACACCGACCUCCUGGACAGUGACUGAACACGACGCCUCUUCAUUUGCCCUCUCCUCGAGGCCGCCGCAGGCUGUGGAGUUCGAGAGCGCGUCAGAACAACAGGUGCAGAGUGUUGUUUCUGCGUGGGCUGCGUGCACCUGGGACAGCAGCGGCUCACAGGAACACUUGUUUGGAAGAAAUCAGUCACGCUGUAACUACCCGGGACACAAAGGCCAGACAGCUCCAGCUUGA